UUUCAGCUGAGUGUUUUUGUUUCUGCUGACUGAAUGAACACGUUGAACAAUGUAUUAAAAACAACAUGAUCACAUGACCUGCAUGGAACAAAAUAGGUGUGUCUUCACUUUGACCUUACAUUGACUUUUACCAGUUUACCGAAUAUGAAACUAAACAUUUUCUCAGAGCUCAUCAGUAGUUUCUGUAGAGGAGAAGUGUGACAUUAUUGCUCUGUGAGAGGAAGAUGAAGACGUUGGUGAUAUUUGGGAUCCUCCUGUACGCGUCCUUAAGGAUCCAGGCUGCAGUGAUUGAGGUGUUUGAGGAGACGCAGUCUGUCCUGCUGCCCUGCCUUUAUGGGGGAGUAAUUCCUGAAGAUCCCUUCGUUAUCUGGACUCGUAAUGAUCACAACUCCAAAGUUUUCCUCUUUCGACAAGAAGGCAGCGAUCCAGAACAACAGAACCAGAUCUACAGAGGAAGAACAUCAAUGAGUCCUGAUGCUCUGGAAACUGGAAACUACAGCCUCACCUUCAGAAAGCCUCAACUGACUGACAGUGGAAACUACAUCUGCAGCAUCACUGAUGGAGUAAAGACGCUAAAGCUGACAGAGGUUCAGCUCAAUGUCAAAGAUGUCCAGGUGAAGGUGAAGGCGAGUAGAGAUGCAGAGUUUGUCGUCUUGCCCUGCAAAACAUCUGCUGGUUUACCCAAAGACACCAGAGUGGAGUGGACCCGAUCAGAACCAGAAUUUAUGUUUGUCCUUGCGUAUCCAAACACAAGCGCACGGAAUGCAGAAAGGGACGAGCAUUAUCGCGGCCGCACUGCCAUGAAUGAAGACCUGCUGAGAACCGGAGACGUCAGCCUGACCCUGAGAAACCCCACAGCCAGAGACAGCGGACGCUACGUCUGCACCGUCUACAGAGACAAAGACAUCCUGAGACAGAAAGUGGUUCUAGAACUGGUUCCACUGGCUCCAGAGGGUACACCCAUCUGGGUCACAGUUUUGUUGGUGGUUCUCGUGGUUCUUGGAUUAACUGGAGGUGCUCUAUUUUAUUUCCGCCUCUAUUUCAUACCAGUUCAACAGGUGACGGUGGAUUCAGGGGCAGAGUCGGUCCUGCUGCCCUGCAGAACCACAGCUUUCCUGCCCAGAGAUGUUAGAGUGGAGUGGACGAACAGCAAAAACUGGAAGGUCUAUGUGUAUGAGUAUGGUACUGAUCAGCCUGGAGUACAGCAUAACCUCUACAGAACCAGAACCAGGAUGGAUGAAAACUUACUGACAACAGGAGACCUCAGUCUGACUCUGAAAUGGCCCACUGAUAAAGACAGUAAGAUCUACACAUGCAGCGCCUCCAACAGGGAUGGAAAGAUCCUGAUGAAGAAACAAGUUCAGCUCCAUGUCAGAAUUCAACAGGUGGUGGUGGAAUCAGGGGCAGAGUCUGUCCUGCUGCCCUGCAGAGCCACAAAGAAUCUGCCUGGAGAUGCAAAAGUGGAGUGGACGGACAAAGACAGUAAAAAGGUCCAUGUGUAUGAGAACGGUUCUGAUCAGCCCAGAAAACAGAACCAGUUCUACAGAACCAGAACCAAGAUGGAUGAAAACCUGUUGGAGACUGGAGACCUCAGUCUGACUCUGAAACAUCCCACAAUUGGAGACCAGACCUUCUACACCUGUAGCAUCUCCAACUGGGACGGAGUCAUCCUGAUGGUGAAACAAGUAAAGCUUCUGGUGAAAGGUCAACAUCAGAUUACGGUGGAUUCUGACAUGGAGUCGGUCCUGCUGCCCUGCAGAACCACAGAUCAUCUGCCUGGAGAUGCGAGAGUGGAGUGGAUAAAGAGCCCAGACAGGAAGGCCCACGUGUAUGAGAACGGUUCUGAUCGGCCUGGAGAACAGAGCCAGUUCUACAGAACCAGAACCAAGAUGGAUGAAGAACCGCUGAGGACUGGAGACCUCAGUCUGACUCUGAGAUGGCCCACUGAUGGAGACAGUGAGAUCUAUACCUGUAAAGUCUCCAGCAGGAACGGAGUCGUCCUGAUGAAGAAACAAGUUCAGCUGAAUGUCAAAGACUGCCAGGUGGAGGUGGAGGAGGGGGCGGAGUCUGUCCUGCUGCCGUUCAGAACAACACCUGAUCUACCUGGAGACGCUGGACUGGAGUGGAGAAAAGGAAACUACGUGACAGUCCAUGUUUAUCAGAAUAACUCUGACCAGCCGGAGAAGCAGAACCGGUUCUACUUAAACAGAACCAGGCUGGAUGAAGACCUGCUGAAGACUGGAGACCUCAGUCUGAGUCUGAGACGGCCCACAGAGAGAGACAGUGGAGAGUACAAAUGUUUAGUCUAUAGCUACAACGGAAAUCUUCAGAGAGAGAAAACGGUUCUGCUCACAGUUAAAGAGAGACGACAGAUCCAUGAAGGAACUCCACUGAUCCCAGUUUGACCAGAGAGAGUCUGAGUGAAGGAUCUGAUAGAUGAAGAGAGGACAUGACUCCUUCCUCCAGACUCAGAGAGGAUCAGUUCAACCUCUGCAGCUUUUUCACUCAAGCAUCAGAUCAUAAAGAAAGCUAUAGAAAGUUAUUCCUGGUCAUGGAGUCACAAUGUGUGAGGGACUUUCUGUGUGAACAUGUCUGCAUCUGUUAGAAAUGAAUAAGACUGAGACCAGAGUCAAUGUGAGACAAGUUCAAGCAGAACCAGACUGUUGGACACCAACGCAGAGUUAAUCUCAAUGAUAUCUUUUAGACCUCAUUGGAUUUUGUCUUUAUUAUAUAGUAAAUAUUUUUGCAGUG